ACAAUUUUUUUUAAAACUAAACGUGACGCUCUGAAAGCCCACUUUGGUGAAAAAUUUAUUUUUAUUUCAAUGUUUUCUUUAUAUGUUUUCAUGCAAAGCGUCAGAAAUCUCACCAUGGUUGUUACAUGAAUAAAAAUUAUGGCCAUUAAAUUACAUACGAUUGGCCUUGUAUUGUUUUUAAUGAAAUGUUUAUGAUUCUAGUGGAACCGUUGCCUAUGAAUGUCAAAUCUUCUGGUCUUCAAAGGAUUUUGAAAAAUUCAUCUUUGUGUGUGAGCGGCAAAUGGAUCAAAGUGGGUAGUUUUAGGUUUUGGAAACGAGCAUCAUGUGCUGAGCGGAGAGAUGCUCCAGCGCCUGCCAAACUACCUGGCGACGAGUUGGACGAUAUGAUGCCGAGCGCUGAGGCAGGACCGAAGCGAAACGAAACCUACAACCCUACGUACGGUUAUGAACCCUACUGGGUCGACGGGGAAUGGGUGUUUGAUAAGCCGGAGCCACCAGGAAAUGGUUCCGAUUACAUGUGUGGCUUGAGGUGCCCGCCGAUGUACUCCGAGUACGGGACAAUAUGUGGACGAGACAAAAAACAUAAAUAUCAAACUUUUGAAAAUUACUGCGCUCUUAGAAAUUUUGAUUGCAACAAUACAAAUGGUUGGACGCCGCUAUAUAAAGGCAGGUGCUAUCGUGAUCUGCUACUGUACAACCGUCAUUACUUAAAGUCUCGCGCUAGAGAGCAUAUCUCGAGUUUCAUGGCAGCUCAUACUUCGAUUCAUAGCUACGUCGGUUACGUUAGCAAGAAGCGAGGUGAAAGCUUUGCUUAGCUGCGGAAUUAUAUAACCUAGCUAUAUGUA